CAACACAGGCAAGAUGUCGGAGCGAAGAGUGCCCAGUGGAGGUGCCUUGCACACAGGACACGGUGCCACAAAGACCCAGCAGCAGCACCGUGGUGUUUAAUGCCAGUUUUGAGGAUUUCUGCCGCGAAUGGGUGCAUAAAAAGACACUCGUACGGGACUUGAUCCGAAGAAGCCGAUUAAGGACCGUGUGGAGAGGCUGAGAGAGAGAGAGAGGGGCUGACACUCAAACGGGAGCCGGGCGGACUGCUCCUCGCCGCGGGAUGUUAUCCGUACUGUCCUACGGCAGACUGGUCGCCAGGGCCGUGCUCGGGGGACUCUCGCAGACGGACGGUCGGGACUACAGCCUGGUCACCGCCAGUUAUGGCUUCGGCAAAGACUUCCGUAAGGGGAUACUGAAGAAAGGCAUGUGCUACGGGGACGACGCCUGCUUCAUUGCCCGCAACAAGAGUGCGGAUGUCCUGGGCGUAGCAGAUGGUGUUGGGGGCUGGCGGGACUACGGCGUUGACCCGUCGCAGUUCUCCGCCACGCUGAUGAGAACGUGCGAGCGGCUGGUGAAGGAGGGCCGCUUCACUCCCAGCAAUCCUGUGGGCAUCCUCACUUCGGGCUACUACGAGCUCCUACAGAACAAAGUACCCCUUCUAGGGAGCAGCACCGCCUGCAUCGUGGUCCUGGACAGGCGUAGUCACCAGCUCCACACGUGCAACCUCGGCGACUCCGGCUUCCUGGUGGUGCGGGCCGGGGAGGUGGUGCACCGCUCGGACGAGCAGCAGCACUACUUCAACACGCCCUUCCAGCUGUCCAUCGCCCCGCCGGGGUCCGAGGGGGUGGUGCUCAGUGACAGUCCAGAAGCAGCUGACAGCUCCUCCUUUGACGUGCAGCUCGGCGACAUCAUCCUGACGGCCACCGACGGCCUCUUUGACAACAUGCCAGACUAUAUGAUCCUUCAGGAGCUCAAAAAGCUUAAGGCCACAAACUACGACAGCAUCCUGCAGACGGCGCAGAGUAUAGCAAAGCAAGCUCACAACCUGGCCUACGAUCCCAACUACAUGUCCCCCUUCGCACAGUUUGCAUGUGACAACGGCCUGAAUGUAAGAGGAGGAAAGCCAGACGAUAUCACCGUGCUGCUGUCUAUAGUGGCUGAAUAUGCCGACUAGUGUGUGUGUGGAGCGAACUCAUCCGUCCGUCUGUGUCCCUCCAAAAUAAGUGUCU